GUGGUCCGGUGCCGACCGUAACCCCCCACGCUUGGAGCUGUCUCCGAACCGAAUCCUCGACGGCGACGCUGCUGCGACCCGGUCCAAACCGCGUUUUUCUGGGCGAAUAAAAACCAAAAAAAGAAAAGAAGCUAGGCUCAACAUGAAUCCGUCGUGUGGCAGAUGUGGUCAAGUCGUUUACCCCACGGAAAAAGUGAACUGUCUGGACAAGUACUGGCAUAAAGGAUGUUUCAGCUGCGAGGUCUGCAAAAUGACUCUAAACAUGAAGAAUUACAAAGGCUUCGAGAAGAGACCAUACUGCAAUGCACACUACCCCAAGACAAACUUCACCUGUGUGGCUGAUACUCCAGAGAACCUCCGCCUCAAACAGCAGAGCAAGAUGCAAAGCCAGGUCCACUACAGGGAGGAUUUCGAGAAGAAUAAAGGAAAAGGUUUCAGCGUUGUCGCAGACACGCCGGAGAUGCAAAGAAUCAAGAAAACGCAGGACCAAAUCAGCAAUAUUAAAUACCACGAGGAGUUUGAGAAGAAGAAGAUCGGAGGAGAGGUCCCUCUUCAGCCGGGCUCCCACAACCAAGGAGCUUACCAGCCUCCUGCAGCCUCUCAGAACUACCACUAUGACCCGACUCCUGAGCCCGUUCAGCCGGCGGCCGCCGCCCCUCCUCCCAGCGCCGGGAAACGAUUCAGGGCGGUGUACGACUACGCCGCCGCGGACGACGACGAGGUGUCCUUCAUGGACGGCGACGUGAUCGUAGACGUGCAGCAGAUCGACGAGGGCUGGAUGUACGGCCGCGUGGAGCGCACCGGCCAGCAGGGCAUGCUGCCCGCCAACUACGUGGAGAUCAUCUGAGCGAGGAYGAAACGUCGAGGAGGAAAGGAAAGGAAGGGAGAGAAGGAAAGGAAAAAGCCCAGUGCCAUCUCAUCUUAACGCCGCUUUCUCUUAAUUUUAUUCUUUUAUCUGUCCUGUGUGACCCUGAAUCCUCUCUCCUCUCUGCUCACCCACCCCCUCCUCCACCCGUCUUGUCUGCUUCUGUCUGUCUGUGCCGAUGUCUGUUUCCUGUUUGUCCCUGACUCCGCCUCUUUCUUCUAAAAAGUGUUAAACUCCCGGCGGUAAGUCAGGCCUCGUCGUAGCUUUAGCGCUAAAAUGAAAUAAUGAAAUGAUUCCCCUCGAUAUAUUUUUGUUUAUUCAGCUUGAUUUUUGACCAAACUGGAAACACAGUGUUGAAUCUCAGUUCAUCAGAAAUAAGCUUCAACCAUUAUUAUUAUUAUUAUUAUUAUUAUUAUUAUUAUUAUUAUUAUUUUGACUUUAAACAUUCCUUUUUUCUCAUUUUGCACCGAUCUGCCGCUCAGAGACGUCUUUAAUAUAUUUCUGUACGACACGCAUCGCCUUCGUCUGCACAAGUCUCUCACGCUCGUGUUCAGCACUGCCUUGUUGAGAAAACUGGAAGCCUAACUGUGGAGCACCUCCCGCCAGCGCCGCCGGCCUGGACCGGGACGGAUCAGGGACAAGUUAGGGGACACGACGAGUCUUACCCAUGGGACCCACUUCAGCUACUGUUCCUGCUUCUGCAACUUCAACGCCCACAGCUUUUUAAACAAAGCGACGCGUUUUAAAGGUGCUCGUCGCAAAACAUGAAAGCAAAUAUCCCGAGUCAGAUCGAACGGCGCAGUCCAGAUAUGCAACUCUGAAAAAAGUGGGUACGCACUCGACGUAAACAAAAGGUUUUGACCUACAUUAGGCCGGGCCGUAGUCUCUGUAGGUGUCACGACUUUGCAACGAGGACCUUUUUAAACGGUUUAGAAAAAGAAACUUUCCCUCCGCUUUAAAGAAAUCACAGAGAGAAAACCAAGCACAACUCUGUAUCGUGAUUCUUUUUAGUUUUUAAUGCUGUUUGUGUGUGAAAACAUUCCGUUUGUUUUUAUUUUUUCCAUUUAAUGUGAGGAAACUGUUUUUCAUGCUGUUCUUUUUUUUCUUUUCUUUUUUUCCAGUGUGCUAACAAAUAAAGUAAUUGUAUUAAAGCAGUUUCUGUUGAAUUGUGCGUUCGGAACACCUGACGAGACAUGACAUUUUAACGUAGUUUCAUCCUUUAGAGUAAUAAAUGAAAUUAUGUGACACUUAACAGCAUUUAAGUCAAAUAUUUGAUCAUUUCUCAGUGAUGUAAACAACGUCAGGAGCCAAUAUAAUCAUCCUAAUCCAGUGUAAUCUUAAAAGUACUCAUUGCAAACAGUGGAGUCGAACAUAAUUUUAUCGUGAACGUCGCAGUUUGAAAGAGCUAUUAUCUGUGUGMGUACGCGCUCAYUGUAAACAAAGCACUUUUAUCUGCACAUUCUAACAAACCUGAGCGUAAAUAACACAAAAUUAAAGUUAAUGUAGGUCAACACGUAGUCACGAGUUUAGCUUACGGAUCUUUAAUUUAACUUGAGCAAAAACACGCAAAUUAAUAUUUUGACCAGUCUUCAUGGCGUUGCAAUGAGUAUCUUUAAGUCUGUAUYAAUAAAUCUGUUUUAUAAAAGAUGACACGUGGGGAGUGGUUUAGCGUUUUUAAUGAAUGUGAGUUUCUGAAUCAAACGUUUCCCCUCGUUCGGGUUAAAAAUAAGAUUUGCGACCGGUUUGUAGGUCGUCAAACUGGCCAAUUGAAAGUUUCCAGCACCGCUCAGCUUCUAUCUCUUCGCUGAUUUGCAUUUAUUCCAGCUUUCUUAUCUCUCAAAGGGUUUAUCGGUUUAGAUGAAAUGAAAAUACGGGCGGUCAGCGUUGUGUUUCAGUGUGGCUCAGGGUGAGUUUUACGACCACGGUGGAAGUGUAUGAGGGCAACAGAUGCUGUUGGGUAGUCAAACGCCACUCCUGCUCAGACGUCACUACUAAAUGUGGUAUCACGACCUCUCUCCUUCCCCCCUCCCCUCCCCACAUUCAUCCUGUGCUUCUCAUCAAUCAUCCCCCGCUUCCUGUAGACUUCGCAGAGUGAAAUCAUAUAAUCCACAACUGCAGGUUUAGCCCUCAGACCAGUUCUGUGCAUUCCAUAUUAUUAUAAAUUGUUUUUGUUUUUGAUAUAAUUUUAUUUUUUAAAGAAAAAAAAUAAAGAUAUGCAUAUUGUCAUACACGUGUAUUCAAAAGUUGGAAUACAUUCUCAGAUUAAGGACCUUGAUAUCAUCUCCUGUUGCCCUGUUACAGCACUUCAAACUGUACUUAAGAUCCUGCAAACUCAAUAAAAUGUCGUUUUUUUUUCUCAGA